GAGUUUUUGUAGUUUUACUAUUCUCAAAAAGCUGCAAGUCACUUUGUAGCAUUCGAAACAAUCAUGGUCAGUUUUCACAGACAAGCUUUCGGCGCCUGGACAAGUCAGCAUAUAGCUCAGUCUACGUGCAUUCCACUCCUGUUUUUAGAGAAUCUCAGGAGUUACUAUGAAUAUUCCCAAGUCGUACAAACUAGUUUCGACCAAUGCGAUCUCAUAGGCUACGCCGAUGCUGGGUUUGCUAGGCGCAAUGAUAAAGACAAUGAUGAUAAAGACGAUUAUCACAAGGAUGCUGAGGACUACGAAGAUGAAGAAGAUGAAGAAGAUGAUGAAGACGCUAAAUGGACCAUCCGCACAUACCACGCGUCUGGCUCUCGUCUUGACAACAAGCCGAAGACAAUUGUCGAACAGGUCAAGUUCCGCAGGUGGUUUUAUACCUGGGAGAACAUGAAAUACAUUGUUUAUCGAGCACAAUACGAUGAUCCAAGAGGGUUCGGCACCACAAAGUUACAAUUUGUCCUUACAGAUAAAGACGACGACCCCUCCGCGCGGGGUAUCGAUGCUUUGAUUCUAGCGGCCAGUGCCUGGACCAUUGAACUCCACGAAGAAAUCUACGUCUUCGAUAGCCAAGAAUGGGUUAAAGAUAAGAAACUUUACGAAUCUGUUCAGGGCUCCUCAUGGGACGAAGUCAUUCUUAAUAAAAAGAUGAAGACUAAUCUUAUUGCUGAUGUGGAGGACUUCUUUGACAAUCAGGCUUUGUAUAAAAAGCUUGCUGUGCCUUGGAAACGUGGGAUCAUUUUGCAUGGUGUACCAGGUAAUGGCAAAACCAUCUCCAUCAAAGCUCUCAUGUCAACACUCUCCUCUCGUCCCUCCCCCAUCCCCUCCCUCUACGUCAAAUCCUUCGACGGCGAAUGCCACGGCCCCAAAUGGUCCAUCUCAAACAUCUUUCAAAAAGCCCGCCAAAUGGCACCCUGCCUCCUCAUCUUCGAAGACCUCGAUUCCCUCGUCACAGAGAAAACUCGUUCAUACUUUCUCAACGAAGUAGAUGGACUAGAAUCCAAUGAUGGAAUCCUAAUGAUUGGCAGUACGAAUCAUUUGGGAAAACUGGAUUCGAGUAUUAGCAAGAGACCGAGCAGAUUUGAUCGGAAGUACUGUUUCCGGGUUCCGAAUGAAGAAGAGAGGAGAGCAUACGUGGAAUUUUGGAAGGGAAAGUUGGGAGGUGAUGGAGAGGAUAUGGUGGGUUUUGGAGAGGAUGUGUGUUUGCUUGUUGCGAAGAUGACGGAGGGAUUCAGUUUUGCUUAUUUGAAAGAGCUGUUUAUUGUUACGCUAUUGGGUAUUGCGAGGAGUGCUACAGGAGCGGGUGAUGAUGAUGCUGAAGAGGAGGAGGAGAGUGAGAAUGACACUACUGCUUCUACUUCUACAUCUACAGACGACGGGGUAGUAGUUGAGAAGGACGAUAGCAUGGAAGGCGUUCUUCGCAAUCCUCAACCCACUAGUGACACCGAAACCCCCCAUUCGGUUAAGCAGACCGAGCCUCGGAAGACUCUCUCAAAUGUGGAUAUUCCUGCACAUCUCAAAGAUAACGUUUUUCUCAAAGCACUCGUGGCUCAAGCGAAAAUGCUGGUAGAGGAAAUGGAUAACACAGAUGAGCUUAUAGGAGCGGAGAAGGUUCCUGGUCCGAAUAGAAUGGAUGGUGCUAUGCAUAUUGGGAUGGCGAGGGCAAUGGUGGGGAUGGCUAUGUGACGAUUGAGUUUUGAAAGCGUUAUGGAGUAGUGAAGUUGGAGUGAGGGUAGGUUGUGUUAAUUUUGGUAAUGUAAUGAAAUUUCGGGAUGAACUUUUAUUUUUGAAGAUGAGAGUUCGACAACUAUCAUGGUACGCUUCUUGAGACUUAUCAUAAUCUCCUGCGCUAGAGUCAAUAGCAAUGUCUGUUUCAAAGUCACCCUUACUCUAGAAUUUGUAGGAUGAUCUCCA